GGUCCACCCUCUUCUCUGUAGAUGAGACAUUGAUCUGGCAGCUAUCAGCCUCAUCGGCUGUGUAAACAAGUAGGAAGAAGGGGUGGAGGGUCUCUUAUAUGUGGCCGAUGUACAGAGUUACACACACAGGACGGGAGAGCUUGUGUAAUGCAGACAUUAUAGGGGGAGAUACAACACAGACCUUCGCACAGCGCCUAUAGGAGAAUCUGCGUGUGGUAACCUCCAUACCUGUACACCCACCAUGGUUCCUGUCCUCUUGCUCGUAAAGAUUGCUUUUGGGGCGCUGCUUGGCCUUCAGCUUCCAGGGUCAGACGCGGUGCAGUGCUACAGCCAGGUCAACAGUGUGAGUGGAGAGUGUGAGAGGUACCUUGGUGACGGAGUGUCCGAUGAAGAUUGUUGCUUGAAUAUCAACUAUGGUUACAAGAAGGAUGGAAACUCUGCCUGCCAAGCCUGCCGUGAGGCGGAAUGGUCACAGUGGAGUGAAUGGAGUCCGUGCACCGUCUCAUGCCUGGAAGGAAUUCAGAGCCGGAAUCGGGUGUGUAUAGGGAAGGGGGACUGUCCUGGACAUAAGGAGGAAGUUCAGAUCUGCUCCCUACAAGACUGCUGUCCUGUGAUGGGUGGCUGGUCUCCGUGGAGUCCAUGGUCCCAAUGUUCUGUCACAUGUGGAUUGGGUCAAAUGAAGAGGACGAGAGAAUGCAAUAACCCAGCUCCUGAAUGUGGUGGAUUGUGUGUUGGAAACCGUGAGGAGACUACCGUCUGCGAUACCAACCAAGUGUGUCCCACUCACGGCGCAUGGAGCAACUGGGGUAACUGGGGUGACUGCUCAUCCACUUGCAUGGCAGAGGAUUCCAAAGUUUUACCAACUCAGAGCCGUCAUCGACUGUGCAACAGCCCAAGUCCUUCAGUAAGUCCUCCAGGACGGUCCUGUGAGGGAAACAAGCAAGAAACCAGAGAUUGUGCUGGCACUCCCUUUUGUCCAGUUGAUGGAGGAUGGGGGCCGUGGGUGAAAGCCUCGGAGUGUUCGGUCACCUGCGGAAUUGGAAACAAUAAAGAAGAGAGGUCUUGCAAUAACCCGGCCCCCCGUCAUGGAGGGAACCGCUGUCCUGAAUCUACCACGAGAUACGUUAUCUGCAACACAAAGCAGCCAUGUCCCAUUGACGGACGCUGGGGACCUUGGACGGACUGGAAGCCGUGUGCUGAUAUUGAUACAACAGUAAAUAUCAACUGCAAAACCAUAGUAGGAUUACAGAGCAGGACUCGCCGUUGUAUUGAGCCGCAGCAUAACGGAGCUGAUUGCAAAGGCAGUUACCGGGAUAGCCGCCGAUGCUAUGACGUGGAAGGCUGUUUCUUGUCCAAAGGAGAAAUUGAAGCUAACUGGUCGGAAUGGAGUAAUUGGGGUCUCUGCUCCUCCCCAUGCGGAGCGUCUAAGACAAAGAGAUACAGGGAGUGCUUGGUGAAUUAUCCCGGAUACAAGACCAAGAUCUCAGGAAUAACGAAGGAGUUGGAUGUUUAUUUCUCAGGAACUCCCAAAUUCAGAUGUAGUAAACUGAACGGGCAGUUUCUGAAGGUGGAGGAGGAAAGAGAUUGCAAAAAUGUUCCAGCGUGCACGUAAGAUGCGUGACAUAUAGCGUGACCGCACUAUAGCGCAGGAGACCGAAUGGGAGGUGGUGGAGGUGAGCAACGUUGGCUGAUCAGAGCUUCCUUUUCUCAAAAAAAAUAAUUCCAGAAAUCAACCGUACAUAGCCCCCGUGCUGCUCAAGAUUAUUUUCUACUAUCCCCAAGCAUAAUAAAUUCAAGGACUGUAUACAUUUAUGGGAGAUUUAUGGGAAUUUGUCAGGAGCAAUCCAUAACGUAACUUUAGCUUCACUUGUAUGGCGAUGAAUAAAGAUUUGCUAACAUCUACCGUCA